AUGGCACAAUCUCCCAGAUACCAAUACGAAACAGUCAAGGUUCAAGUUUUCCCUGAUGGCGUUGCUCAUGUCGAGCUGAAUCGCCCCAAGCGUCUGAAUGCUUUCAACCAUGCAUUGAUUCGCGAUAUUCUUCAAGCUUUCACGGAUAUUGGUAAUGACAGCAACAUUCGUGCUGUUGUUCUUUCCGGCUCAGGCCGCUUGUUUACUGCCGGAUUAGAUCUGAUGGAAGGUUCUGCCAAGGAAAAGAUUCCCGAAGAUCUAGAUGUUGCCAGAAAGGCUUUCGCAAAACAAGCUGGUCUCAGACAUUUCCAAAACUCAAUUUCUUCCUUAGAGAAAUGCCCAAAGCCUGUCAUUGUCGCUUUGCAUAAUGGUGUCAUCGGCGCCGGUGUCGAUUUGUGCACCGCCGGUGACAUUCGUUAUGGUACCAAGGAUUCAUACUACUGUGUCAAGGAAGUCGAUGUUGGUCUUGCUGCUGAUGUUGGUACUUUGCAACGUUUGCCUAAGGUCAUUGGCAAUGCCAGUUUAAUUCGCGAACUAGCUUACACUAGCAGAAACAUGUACGCCGAAGAAGCCCUCCAAUGUGGCCUUAUUAGCAAAAUCUUUGAAACCAAGGAGAAGCUUAUUGCUGGAGCUCUCGAAACUGCAAGACUUAUCGCGUCCAAGUCACCUGUUGCUGUCGUUAGUACUAAGCACCUAUUGAAUUACUCGCGUGACCACUCUGUCGAUGAAGGCUUGCAAUACACUGCAGUCUGGAAUGGCGCCAUGCUCAAUACUGAGGAUAUUCCCAAGUCCGUUGAAGCUUUCAUGAAGAAGAAACCUGCUGUCUAUGCUAACCUUUAG